UUAGUUUCCUUCAUAUAGUAGCUUCAUUGUGGUCGUUUGGAUCCGGUUGUAGAGAUGUUUAGAGCCUCCCUUUGUAUCUGUUGCGUUAUCCAGUAGGAGCGUUACCUCGGGGAGAAUCCGAAAAGCGAUGAAAGUCCGUGUUGCGCCGCCGGUUCUCCCGAUUCCUCUCUCCUCUCUCUGGCCGUGCGGCCGCCGCGCCGCAACAGGUAGUAGACUCUCCUCGGCCAUCUCGGCUGCUCGGCUGCUGGCUUGGUCGCUUCUUCCUGGUGCUCUGCGUGCAUCGUCGCUCGUCGGUUGGGCCUUUCGUCCGCGCUCUUCCGGACUAUUUUUGUUGUUUCGGCGUCGCGUCCGCCGCCGGGGAAGCGUAUACGCUUGUUUUGGUCGCCGUGCGAGGUUUCGCGUGUAUUGUGCAUGCUCGUGCCGUCGCCGUCGUUGAUGCGGCGUCUUUGGGGCAUCCGUCGUGCACUGUCGUUCUGCAGAUGACCAAGAAUCGGGAUAACCAGGCGCUGAUUCACCCCAACAACCGUCGCCGACGAUGAUCGUAUAAUGCACGCUUAUUAUCAU